AUUGCUGCUGGACUGGAUCUCACAUUGGCCUGAUUCCCACUCCACCACCAGGAAUGUUGCCCGGUCUUUUAGAAAGGCAGAGGUUAUUUAAGUCCGUCUCUUCAUGAUGCCCAUGAGCUUCACACCGCGAGGCUCCUUCCUGCGGAGACUGCAGCCUGAAACCAUCAUGAGGGUGCUGUUUCUGCUUUGGAGCUUGGUCCUCAUCUUCUGCCAGUCCAUGCCAGGAGCAGUGGGAGACCUCUAUGACAGCCUCGAAUGCCGCAACCAACAUGGACACUGCCGGAGGCUUUGCUUCCACAAUGAAAGGCCCAUUGGCACCUGCACCAACCGGAGGCAGCUCUGCUGCAAAUGAGGGAGGCUGGCUGGCACUGUGGAAGGCCUGGGAGGAUCAGGAAGCCGCCGGGAGCCAGCAGAGCAAAUACAGCCAUGCCAUGCAAUCUGGACUCUGCCUCUGAGAAGAUGGCGUGUGGUUUUACUGUCAUUAAAUAAAUGGUGUAUUUUAAAUGCA